UCCCUUUCACUUUAUUACUACUUUUUAUCACUUACCUUACUAUGAACAACACCGAAGCAAAUAACAACACUUCCAACAACGCACGUGGUCGCGGUCGUGGUCGUGGAAAUGGACGUGGAGGUAGACGCGGACGUGGUAAAGACACUGGCACCUUUGUGUUUGUUGUGGACCCUAUUUUUCAGCGCAACGCCACUCCUGUCAACAACAGCAACGCUCAAACUGAGAACAACAACGCUAAUGUCGAAGAUGACAAUGAGCCUUCACGGCCAUACAACGUAUGGCCUGAGGUUGCAAUUUGUAUCCUUCUUGAGAUUAUGGCAGGCACUUAUAGUCACUUGUUGAGAAGAGGAGAUACUUCUUUAAAGCAGCUUAUCUGGAUACAUUCGGCAGCUUUGUUAAAAGAAAAGAUUAUUGAGUAUGCAAACACCGAUGAAAUCAGGGCUUUUGUAGCAAAUGUCACGCCAGUCAGUAUGCAACGCAAGUGGAAAGAUAUGAAAAAUAGAUUCACCAAAGCAAGAAAUGCAGCAAGAGAAACAGGAGUCGAUGGAACUGUCUCCAACGUACCAUACUACGAAGAAAUUGCGAAGAUCAUUCAGGAUAAUCCUAGCAUCCAACCUGAAGGCAUCAACAUGGAGGAAAAUGGCAUUCGACCUUAUAGAAGAUCAAACGACAUUGAUUUGAUGAAUUCAAUUGGAUCCGAUGGCCCCAAAACUACGUACGUGGCACCUACGGAAGUCGAUCAACUUGUGAUCCAAAAAGCAUUGACCGAUCGAUACGCCACUGAGGAUCCUGUUGAUCCUGAAGGAUCUUCAGUACCAUCAUCCACAUCCGCACCCACACCCACACCCACUGAUCUGAGACCUGCUGGGCCUACACCCACUGAACUGGUUAUUGCGGUAGAUGAAACAGAAGCUGUGUGGAGAUCAUCUUUGAAACGAUCUAUUGAAGCAUUGGAAGUGGUUUUGAAAGAAAAGGAACGGGAAGCUCAAAAUAUUAAAAAAAAAAUAAACGUAUUAAAGGAACAGUUAUAAUACUUUCCUAUCUCUGUAUGUUCAGGAC